GUCUAUUGCUGUUUUCCAUUGCUCUUCCUCUGCUUCCUCUGCUUCCUCUGUUUUCUCUGCCCACUUCAAUUCCCCUGUUUACUUUUGCAAAGUGUCUGACUCCCAAUCCCACUCUUACCAGCUGCUCUCCAGAGAAAAGAUGAACCGAUUGAACUUUGGCUUGGACAGCUUUCCCAAGGCUAAGAUACUAUUGCGAUGGAGAGUAACCGAUGCUUUGUUCAUAAUUCUUAUAAUGCUCCUCUACGGGCUAUUUUACAAUCUACCCCCCUUUGAAAGACAGUUUUUCAUCAACGACCUAACCAUAUCUCAUCCUUUCAAAGAACAUGAGAUCGUCCCCAACAAAGAACUCUUCUUCUACGCUGCGUUUACGCCUUUUUUCUUGUUGAUAAUAUCCAGCUUGAUCAUAACUCCCAAACAUCGUUUCUAUGUCACAUACCUAACGCUUUUGGGCUUUGUUUCUUCCAUUUUGUUCACCAGCUUCUUGACCGACAUCUUGAAGAACUGGAUUGGCAGGCCCAGACCUGACUUUAUAUCCAGAUGCGAUGUCACUUCAACUGCUCUUGAAAACGUCCUAUACACUGCCUCCCAGGUUUGCCAAACAGAAGAUUUAGAGAAAUUGAAAGAUGGUUUCAGAUCUUGUCCCUCUGGCCAUUCCAGCAUAAGUUGGGCAGGCCUAGGUUAUCUAUCUCUUUGGCUCUUGGGCCAAACCUGUUCAGCUCACCAUGGCACAGGUCUUUGGAGAACCUUGAUCUCUAUCAUUCCAACCAUUAUCGCUACCUUGAUCGCUUUAUCAAGAACUCAGGACUAUAGACAUCGUUUCUCAGAUGUCACCAUCGGUAGCUUAGUCGGCGCUCUUAUAGGCUACUGGUCCUACAGAAGAUACUUUCCAUCCAUCAAAUCAAGAUUCUGCUACAUGCCAACCCAAUUGAUCGUGGAAAACAACCUUUCUUCCAAUAAUUAUCUUCUACACGAAAACGAAGAUUUCGAAGAUGGUUACCAUUUAAUCUCGACCCAAAUUCCUGCAGAACCUGAUCUAGAAAAUCAACUGCCUCACAAUUACAAUCAAUAAUCAGUCACCAAUAAUCAAUCCAAAUCCAACUCACUUCCACAAGUGAUCCUGUGUCUCGUAGUUUCUUUUCAAUUUUGUUGCUUGUUUUUUAUCCAAUCCAAUCCAAUCCACUCAGUUCUCUUCACUUCUGCUUAUCCUCCGGCUUUCCCUCUUCCUUUGUCUAUUUUAUAAUUCUUAUAUACUUUUAAAAACAAUCUCUUUAAUCGAUUCUUCCUCUUAUUUUCGCCCUUUAACU